UGUGGUUAUUAUGGUCAGAAGGCCUGGCUACAUGAAGCUGAUUUACAUUAUGUUAAUGCUGAAGCUCACGGAUGUAGGUGCUCGGAAUGAUACGAGCCGCUCUUCAACUGCGUCCCAACGAUAUCCAUACCUCACCGCCAUAAUAACUCUAAAUAUUACCAACAAAUCAGAGGGCUGGGUUUUCAGCUGUUUCGGGAGCCUCAUCGCCACGGGGUGGAUCGUCACUGCUGCGCACUGCAACCAACCAAAGCACAACGACCGAACGCUCCUCUACCGCGACUACAUCCAAAACCGCACGAACACCCACCCCAUCUUGAAGUGGAAGGUGCACCCCGAAUACACUGCCACGAGCACAGUACCGUGGCACGACAUAGCUCUGGGCCAGGUCAACAAGGACAUGGACAUACCUGCGCCUGUCUUCUUUACCAGUGGAGUUCCGAAGAUCCAAGCCAGCGUCUGGAAGACCAUAGUCACCAUGGACCGCCGCACAUACCUCACCACCGACAUGGACCUAUACGACGUCGAACUAGUCGACCCAAGCAUCUGCUACGAACUGUACGGUUUCACGCUAGACGACACACUUCUAUGCGUCAACAUGACACACGAGACUGACUGCUUUGUGACCGAGUUUGGGCCGAUCUUCACCCCCAGAGAUCGUGUGCUAGGGGUGCUGAGGCUGGCGCCGAACGAUUGUGACAACAAGGUGGCCAUUUUUACGAAUGUCACAUCGUAUUUUGAGUGGAUUUCGAAGGAGAUCGGAGCUGGAGGUUGGCGAAGAAUCGGGGAGAUUCUUAUAUAAGUUGCUGUAACUUUUUUUGUAUUGUUUAUUUAUUAUAUUCACUCACGUUUGUACAGAUGUAUCAGUAAUAUUAUAUGUUUGUUUUCAAUUAGUCACUUUCUUUUUAUUUAUUUCAAGAAUAUCAAAGUAC